CGUCCCUUCUUUGACGGCAAGAGAGGCCCCGAAAGUCUCUUCAAAGGGGCGAGAGAACGCCAUCGCGUCUCGUUCUCUUCUCUUCAUCGAUUUUUGUUGAUUUCGUUCGGAAUUAGUGUUGAAGCCGUGCUUGUUUGAUGGACUAUGGCUGUGCCGAUGGAUGAAAACCUAUCUGCUCCUACCGAGCGAGAUCGGGCACAGCGGCUUUUCCAGAAGAAUGCUGAAUUGGAGAAUGGCUUGCGGAUGGCAGCACAGUCAAAAAUCCCUUCAGACCCUAAUACAUGGCGUCAGAUGCGUGAUAACUAUGAAGCCAUUAUCCUUGAGGAUCACGAAUUUUCUGAAAAGCAUGAGGUUGAAUACCUUCUUUGGCAAUUACACUACAGGAGAAUUGAGGAGUUUCGAUCACACAUCAAUUCUGCAAAUUCUGCUGCAUCUGGAGGGGCACAACCGCAAGGAGGGAAGGCUAUUAAUCGCUCUGAGCGAAUUAUGAAAAUUCGAUCUGUUUUUAAGAGCUUUCUUUCAGAGGCAACAGGAUUUUAUAAUGAUCUAAUUCUGAAAAUCAAAUCAAAAUAUGGCCUUCAUCUUGGUUUCUUCUUUGAGGGCGCUGAUAACCACGCUAUGUUGAUUAAGGAUGAGAAGAAAUCAUCAGAGAUGAAGAAAGGCCUGUUGUCUUGUCAUCGUUGUAUGAUAUAUUUGGGUGACCUUGCCCGAUACAAAGGGUUGUAUGGGGAUGUGGACUCUGCCAGUCGUGAUUAUGCAGCUUCUUCUAGUUAUUAUGUACAGGCUGCUUCCCUCUGGCCAGCAAGUGGCAACCCACAUCAUCAGCUUGCAAUACUAGCAUCCUAUUCUGGUAAUGAUUUGGUGGCUGUGUAUCGGUAUUUUCGGAGUUUAGCAGUGGACAGUCCUUUCUCUACGGCCAGGGACAAUUUGAUUAUAGCUUUUGAGAAGAACCGCCAGAGUUACUCGUUGCUGUCUGGUAGUGCCAAAGUCCCAUCAGCGAAGACAAUGCCAACGAGACCAGCUGGAAGAGGUCGUGGCAGAGGUGAUGGUAGGCUGCUAUCAAAAGUUGCUAAAGCUGAAAGUGUUCCAAUUAAAGAACAAGAACUUAGUACUGAGCAGAUUUUUAGAUCCUUCUCCACUCGAUUUGUUCGUCUUAAUGGCAUACUUUUUACACGAACCAGCUUGGAAACAUUUGGAGAAGUAUUCUCUUUGUUAACAAGUGAUCUGAAUGAGCUUCUUGCUUCUGGGCCUGAAGAACAGCUAAAUUUUGGUGUAGAUGCUGCUGAGAAUGGAUUGACUGUUGUGAGGCUUAUUGCGAUUUUUAUAUUCACAGUUCACAAUGCCAAUCGGGAGUCAGAAGGGCAGUCAUAUGCUGAGAUUUUACAGCGCACUGUUCUUCUUCAGAAUGCAUUCACAUCUGCUUUUGAGUUUACUGGUCAUAUUCUUAAGAGAUGUGUUCAGUUACGUGAUGCUGCAUCGAGCUGUCUUUUACCUGCUAUUAUGGUCUUCAUUGAAUGGUUGGCAUGCCACCCAGAUAUUGCUGCAGGCCUUGAUGUUGAGGAAAAACAAGCAUCUGCAAGAUCAUUUUUCUGGAAUCAAUAUGUUCUGUUAUUAAACAAGCUUGUGCUGAGUGGGUUUGCAUCAGUUGAAAGUGAUGAGGAUGAAACAUGUUUUUCUGAUAUGAGCCAAUAUGAUGAUGAAGAAACCGGUAAUAGGCUUGCAUUGUGGGAGGAUUUUGAGUUGAGGGGAUUUUCACCUUUAGUGCCAGCACAGCUGGUUCUGGAUUUCUCUAGGAAGCAAUCUUAUGGAGGUGAUGGAAGCAAUAAGGAGAAGAAAGUGCGUGCACAAAGGAUUGUCUCUGCAGGAAAAGCACUUAUGAAUGUCGUUCGUGUUGAUCAGAAGUGUAUAUAUUUUGAUCCGAACCUGAAGAAAUUUGUAACAUCUACUGAAUCUCGGGCACAUGAAAAUCAGAUGCGUGCCAGCAUUACAAAUUCACCAGCUAUAAAUGUUUCCAGACAAGGAAAUCCUGGUGAGAGUACAUUCUAUCUAGCAGAGGGGCAACCAAAAACACAAUUCCAUGCUGAAGUGGAGGAAGAAGAGGAAGAAAUAGUUUUUAAGCCUACAUCAGUGUGUCCCACCACUAGUGCUUCAAAGACUAAAGCUGAUGAGACCACUCAAACUGUACAGAGCUACUCUGGAGGAGAUUGGUCAGCUUAUGGUGGAAUUGUAUCAGCUCCUCUCAGCAGUGUUCAAAUGUCAACUGCACUAAAUGGCAGCUACCUGACUGCUCCAAAGAUCUCCCAACAAACUCUACAUACUAGUGCUAAUCCUCUCAACUGGUCAAUGGAACAAGAGGCUUUAAUUUCAGAGGGGCUGCGGAAUCUGAACAUGGUUGAAAAUGGAUGGUUUCAAAAUCAAAGGCUUCCGGAAGGGUUAGUGGGUUCACAUACUAAUAUGCUUCCACCUUCGUUCUCAAUUCCAGCCAAUCAUAUUAGCAACAGCAUGAUGCCCAGUCAGAUGAUGCCUCCUGAAGCUGUUAUACCAUCUAAGCUUGAUUCCAUUGUGCAUUCAGGAGCUAAUUCUGAUGGCAUGCCUGUGAAACUGUCAGCAGCACUACCUACAAUUUCAAGAAAAUCUCCUGUUAGCAGGCCUGCCAGGCACUUUGGUCCGCCUCCAGGAUUUAGCCAUGUUCCAUCUAAACAACCAGAUGAAUCUUUUGCAAAUACAGUUCGAAAGGAGCAGCAGGCUCAUCCAGUUGAUGAUUAUAGCUGGUUAGAUAGCCAUCAGUCAUCGAAAGGUAUGGUGGUGAUGGAGAACUCAACCAACCAUGUCUCACGUAUGCACCCAAAUGUUACUACUGGUAUUAUUAAUACCUCGUCUGCCACAAUAGACUUCCCAUUUCCUGGCAAACAAGUUUCUUCUGUGCAGACUCCAGCUGUUAAUGAGCCUUGGCAAGAUUUUCAGCUUUUUGAUCAGCCGAAGCAAUUUCCUCGACCAAAUUUGCCACCUGCUUCACUCCCUGGACAGCAUCAACCACAAUCUUUGUGGUCUGGUCCUUACUUCGUGUGAGACCGACAGGGCAUCAAAGAUGAUCACUGGUUGUUGGAAAGCUGUUUCAGGUAGUGGCCUGUAGGCUGUACCCCUCGACUUUGGCCUCCACAUUUGCAGCUCUUUCAAUGUGGUAAAUUUGUUUUGAGCAUGGAUGGUCUUGGGAGCAUCACAAGUGCUUGACCCUGGGGUUGGGCACACCGGCCUCUCAUUCCGACUUGGGACAAAAAGCUAAAAAUGUAGUGGUUAUGGUGGGUGGGAUUCAAGUCCUUUGCUGGGUUGCUUUUCUUUUGUGUUAUCUUCCAUGGUCUUGGAUUCGCAUAAAACCAGAGUUGUGGUUGAGGCACUCUCCAUCUUGUGUACACUUUGCAUGAGUUCGGAGCUUCCGUGCCUCAGUACAGUGUAGUCUAAGUUGUCAGUUAUCUCUUGCUAGAUGCAGUAGUACAACCGGCCGAUUGCGUAGAGACAUUGAAUCUGCCGGAGGUUGGAGGAGGCUAUGCCGGGUGGCUGCCUGCCUUCUAAAUAUGGUGAUGAAACUAGGGAAAUUGAAGCGCAGAUACAAUAAUAAAAAAUAAGUUGCUCGAUGAAGUUUGUAAACAGUUUCGACUUUUAACACUUUCAGAUACUUUGCUGUGGUGUGGCUUUUCCGUAUUUUUAUUUUUGGUUCGGACCUGCUGUGUUUCUAUAAAUAUGCAAAAAUGGAACUGUGCAUGGAGUCUUAAUUGUGUUUCUUUCUA